AUGACGGUCGAUCUGGAAUCAUCAUCAAUACCGGUUGUUGCUUCCCCCUCGACUUCUCCAAGUCUUCUAGCAACUCCCGACUCUGCAAGUCUCGUUUCACACCGAUCCGUCUCCGCUGUCUCUUCGAUAUCAAACUUUUCCGCCUAUUCGAAUGGCUCUUCUGCUUCCCGAUCAAGCACGUAUCCCCGUCGACGAGGUUAUGUCCGUCCACAAGGAGGUUCUUUUGCCGAAUCAGCAAUAAAACGGGAAAGUGUCAUGAGCCUGGGAAGCAUAGCCCACCUUCAGUACUACUUUGCUCGGACAGGUUUACUGGAAGGAAAGGGUGGUCAAAUGGCGAGGAGAAAACAAAAUGGAGAGUACGACAUCCCCAAGUUCUCGCUAGCCGCGAACCAGGAUGUCGUUGAGUCUCCGAUCGAUGACGAAGCACAAGCAAUGUGGGAGGCUGCUCAGGAAGAUGGCCAGGAAGUCAUGCUCCCUCCAAAUGUCUCGACCUAUAGACAUCGUUCCAAUGAUGUUGCUCCGCCCCCGGACCAGAAGACGAUGAAACGUGAAUUGGUCGAAGCUCUCGAAAAUGCUUUACAAGCGGUGGAAUCGUGUGAGAGAAAUUUGACUGAUGAUCCUGAAGAGAGCACUCAAGGUUUCCACGAAAUCCAGGGUCUUCAUAUUCUUGACACAGCGACCUUGGCCAUUCGAGCGGCGCGACUCUAUUAUACUUUACAUCCCAAUCCUCAGAGAUUGAACUCGAUCAAGUCGGACCACGAACUACGCAAAGAUCUGCAUGAAGUUCUUGAUGUGUUGAAGAAAUGUACCUCUCGCAAUUUCGAAGGUGGUUUCCGUGAAGAUGAGAGACUUGCAAUCUUGGUCUGGGUCAGUGAUGUUGGCAUGAUGAUCGAUCGAGAAGCCAAGCUGGAAGAGGCAGACAGACACGAGAGAAGAGACUGGCACUGGAUGGACGACCGGAAAUGGACUAGUCGAGAAAGCGAACGAGAUAUCAAUUUCCUUCUUUUUCUGCUCAACGGAGAGUGUGAAAGUUCUUUGAGAUCUCUUCGUGACGAGUAUCCAAAUUUCUUCCGCAACCUCGCCGAUGGCAAGGAUUUGAUCUCAAUGCACAAUGCUGCCGUCAAGCGAUCGAAACGCCAAUUCCACUACAUCAAUACUUGCCACAAUGACACCAAUAAGCCAUAUCGACGGGCUGACAAUCUACGGUACUGGUUAAAGGCUGCUGAAUUGAGAUGGGAACUGAAGAUGAAACUGGACGUCAUGGCAGUCGCAAAUCAACACGAAGAACCUCUUGUCUGGGCAUCCUUCGAGGAUGUCGUCCGUGAAUGGAGCCGUGGAGUACGAGCCGAACUUACCAAAGAUUGGAAUGGAGACGAAGAACGAAAGCUUCAUGCCCGCGCUAGAAGCCUCGCCAUGGCCAGCCCACUCUCGAGUCCAGCAAGAAGAGGGUCUCCCGCUCCUCCCAUGCCCAGCCCAGCCCGAAGAUUCGUCGCACCGAGUCCAUUGGUAAGCCCCACCAAGAACACGGCCGCGGAAGGAUCGAUCGAAGCAGACAGUCCUACUCGAAAGACAGCUCUUUCAACGUGCGAUGAAGACGGCACUGCAAAUUGA